AUGCCACACCAAUCGCGUCGAUCUAGCAUAUCCCUGGUGGGAUCACAGCGACGAGCUAGCCAAGUCACAGGAGCUUCCAUCAUUACCUCCGAGCUCAACCUUCUUAAGGAGGAAACAAAUACAGGCGACCAUUUUCUCACACCGACUCAGCUAGAAGUCGUUUACCGAACCAAUGUGCAAACAGGCCUGACGGAGAGCUUUGCUGCAGAACUUCUCGAAAUUCACGGCCCCAAUGCCCUAAAAGAACUGCGCGGUAAUAGUUACUGGAAGGUCUUUCGACACAACCUGUUCGGGUGGUUUCAGUGCGUGCUCUGGGUGGGAGCCAUCCUCAACUUCGUGGCCUAUUUCUUUUCCAGCCAAAUUGAUAGUGGCCAUGAGGGCGCUGGACACUCGGAUAAAGAAUACCUAUAUCUGGGCUGUGUCAUAACCGCUACUAUUGUUGGAACAGGCUUUUUUGGAUUUUAUCAAGAAGCGAAAAACAUUUCUGUGAUGAGUGGAUUUGAGAAAAUGGUGCCGCCUAAUGCAACUGUAAUAAGGGAUGGUAUCAAGAAAGUGAUACCCAACGUUGGAGUCGUUCUAGGCGACAUAGUUGAGAUGAACGGUGGGGAAGUGGUUCCGGCUGAUGUACGAAUUUUAUCUUGUGUUAAUUUUAAGACUGAUAUGUCUUCAUUAACUGGAGAAUCUGAACCGGUUAAACAUCGUCCGGAAUGUACGAACGCUAACCCAUUAGAAACUAAGAACAUGGCAUAUUUUAGUUGCCCUGUUGUAGAAGGAACUGCUAGAGGAGUGGUGAUUGCUAUCGGCGAGAUGACACAAAUAGGUAAAAUUGCUGGUCUGGUUACAGGAUUAGAAAAGGAAGAGACACCAAUAGCUAAGGAGAUAACUCAUUUCAUUAAAUUAAUUUGCGCCGUGGCGUUUGCAUUUGGUAUAGUUUUCUUUUUGAUGGUGUUUUUCAUUCAAAACAGUUGGUUGUCAGCCUUACAGUAUAUGUUAGGAAUAAUUCUUGCAAACGUACCAGAAGGAUUAAUCGUAACCUUGACGGUUUGUAUGACGUUGUCUGCUAAUCAACUCAAAAAGAAGAAUUGCUUAGCCAAAACUUUGCAGGCGGUCGAAACCUUAGGCUCAACAUCAUGCAUAUGUUCUGAUAAAACGGGAACGCUAACACAAAAUCAAAUGAAUGUAUCGCAUUUAUUUUGCAACUUUUUGAUUAUUGAUAAAGAUGAUCACAGUCAUGUUUCUGAUCCUACUUAUAGCAAACUAUGUUUGGCAGGAUCACUGAACUUGAAAGCUGUUUUUGUGCAUGACACCAUGAACUCGCCUAUAGAAAAGAGGAAAAUAUUAGGGGAUGCAUCAGAAUCUGCUAUAUUGCGCUACAUGGAAUUGAACCGGUCUGCCACCAAAACUCGCGAAGACAAUCCAAAGGUAGCUGAAAUCCCAUUUAGUUCCGCAUACAAAUAUCAAAUCACAAUUCAUCUAAUGCAAGCAACACAAAGUUAUUACCUGAUUAUGAAAGGUGCUCCUGAAAUUAUUCUGGAAUAUUGUAGUAGGGUUCAUACCGAUGAAGGUGAGCAGCCCCUUACUCCCCAAAUAAAAAAGGAAUUGAAAGCAAAUUUCAUUAAACUAGCUAAUAUGGGGGAACGAGUGAUCGGUUACUGUGAUUACAAUUUGCCAGUGGCAUCGUAUCCAAUUGGUUAUCUUUUUGACACGCAGCAGCGAAAUUUUCCUAUAGAAGACUUGGCCUUUCUUGGUACUGUAUCGAUGAUCGAUCCUCCUAGGCGUAACAUUGACAAAUCGAUAGCACUUUGCAGACAAGCCGGCAUAAAAGUAAUAAUGGUUACCGGUGAUCACCCAGUGACUGCACUGGCUAUAUCACGUCAGUGCGGAACCAUUACUCAGCCUACUGCUUAUGACUACGCUUUCGAACAACAUAUUGAGUUAUCUGAUGUACCACCACAUAUAAAAAAUCAAUUCAGAGCGGCUGUUAUUACUGGGGAUGAACUUCGUAAAAUGGGUGUUAAUGAUCUGAAGAAUGUUCAAACUAAAUAUGACGAAAUCACAUUUGCUCGAACUAGUCCACAACAGAAACUAUUCAUUGUGGAGACUUACCAAUCUUUGAAGCACGUGGUCGCCGUGACUGGUGAUGGUGUGAACGAUUCACCAGCCCUAAAGCGUGCCGAUAUCGGUAUCGCUAUGGGUAUUACCGGUACUGAGGUCUCAAAGCAAGCGGCUGACAUGAUCCUUUUGGAUGAUAAUUUCUCUUCUAUUGUUCUAGGUGUUCAGGAAGGUAGAAGAAUUUUUGAUAAUUUAAAGAAAACUAUUGCUUACACUCUAACCUCUAAUACCCCAGAAAUGUUACCUUUCUUCUUAUAUGCAUGUCUUGGCAUGCCUUUACCGCUAACACUUAUUUUGAUUUUAGUCAUAAAUGUUGGUACUGAUUUAUUGCCUGCAAUGAGCUUGGCAUAUGAGGACUCGGAAGAAGAUAUAAUGUCCAUCCCACCCAGAAAGCCGACCGAUCACCUCGUUAAUAGAAUAUUGAUUUACAUGGCUUAUUUCCAAGUUGGUUUGAUACAAUUCUUCUGCGGGUUGUAUGCCUACUUCGUGGUGUUUGCUCAAGACGGUUUCUUUCCGUCGAGCCUCAUGUUUGUUCGCCAAGAGUGGGACAAAACUUCCACGAUGGUGAGAGACACGUUGGGAAGGCAAUGGAACUUCGCUGACAGAAAGGAAAUUGAAAGAAAAGCUCAAACUGCUUACUUCGUGGCUAUAUGUUGGACGCAAAUAUCUGAUGUAAUUAUUUGUAAGACGAGGAGAAUAUCCCUAUUAAAAAAAGGAAUGAGGAAUCAUGUACUGAAUGUAAGUAUAAUAAUAGAUUUGAUAGCUGCAGUGAUAGUCACCUACGUGCCUAUCUUCAACGAAGUGUUUGGUACGGAGCCGCUACUGUGGUACAAUUUCUUCCUUGCGGUACCUUUUAUGGUUCUGAUGAUUGUUGGUGACCACACCGCAGCACAUGUGACCGGCUUUAAAUACGGCGGUACUUCGAAGCAAGUAAGUACACAUGCUCCAACGCAGACCAACAGCGCACGCCACAACAUGAUCGCCAAGGUAUUCCUUCUGUCCUGUGCGUGCGCCGUAGCGUUGGCUCGGCCGGGCAUCUAUGGUGGGAUCGGCAUCGCCGCCCCCGCCUACCACGCGCCGGCGAUCGCUACACCCGCCUACGCCGCUCCAGUGGCCUACGCUCACGCUGCGCCAGUUGUCAAGGCCGUGGCAGCGCCCAUAGUCAGAGCGGAACCCGUAGACCCAAACCCUGCGUAUAGUUUCUCGUACGGCGUUUCGGACCCUCACACAGGCGACCAAAAGGACGCGGCAGAGACACUGCAGAACGGCGUCGUACAAGGAUCGUACAGCCUGGUGGAACCUGACGGUCACUUGCGUAGGGUUACGUAUACCGCUGACAAUGUUAACGGAUUUAACGCUGUCGUGGAGAGGACAGGAGGCGCUCAUGCGACUCCUAUCGAAGCUGUUCUGAUAUUUGGCAUCUUACAAGCAUACAGCCUGGUGGAAUCUGACGGCCGCCUGCGCAGGGUCACGUAUACGGCUGACAAUGUGAAUGGAUUCAACGCUGACGUGGAAAGGACAGGAGGCGCUCAUGCGAUAAGGGUGGCAGCACCAGUAGCGGUGGCUCCAGUCGCGAGGGUGGUAGCUCCCGCCCCAGUAGCGGUUGCGGCCCCCGUGGCUCGCUACUCGCUGCCAGUGGCCGCCGCCCACCCGUGGGGCUAAGCCAAUCCCUCCCCACUUCCAGCUGUAUAGCCCGAGGUCAGACAAGAUGGGAAUACCGAAGUCUAUCAAGACACUUUUCGCAUUCGGAGUUAUCCUAACAAAAAGUUCCUGAUGGUCUAAGCUUAGAAGAAACGGUUUUGAAUGGAAGCCAUAAUAAGAAUGUUUAAAGGAAAGUGUUUUUGUUGUUACAAAGAGUCUGGUGUAUGUUUGUUAUCGUGAAGAGACCUCGGCACAGAUACAGCUGUACGACCAGGAUCGCCCGCGGACCCCCGGCUAUUUAUUGUUUACAUUUUCUCGUACUGCUUCGAAUGUUUGCCCACGGAUUUGAUCUUGACGCGUUGUAUUAUUUCUACGAACAAUGUAAAUAUAUUAUAUAGUUAAAAAAAUACAAUAAAUGCAAUCCCUUUGCGUUACA